CAUCUAUAUUUCGCCCCAUAAAUUUGUAGAGCAGAGACAAUGAGAGGAACAUUGACGUUGACUUGGAUUCUGAUGGUUUGCCUCUCCCAAGUAGCGGUGCAGAGCCAAUACUACUCGGAGAGCUUACCAUAUGAUCCCAGGCCGGUUAAGGUCACUAAUCUUUACUUCUUUUUGCAUGAAACUCUCCGCGGUAAGAACCCAACAGUAGUCAUGGUAGCCCAAGCUAACAACACAAGCAACGACAACUACUCAUCAGUGCCAUUUGGCACCCUAUAUGCCAUUGAUAAUCCCCUCAAGAUAGGUCCUGGGGACGACUCAGAGGUGAUUGGGAAUGCUCUGGGACUUGGGAUCUUGACCGGCAAAAAUUCAACGACCGUGGUGAUGUACUUAGAUUUUGGAUUUACUUCCGGAAAGUUUAAGGGCAGCUCUAUUAGCAUAUUUUCAAGGAAUCCGUUAAUAAAGACGGAACGUGAGCUUUCGGUGGUGGGAGGAAGAGGAGAAUUCAGGAUGGCAGAAGGGUAUGCACGACUCAAGAAUUACUUUUUCGAUGGCACCACUGUUAUUAUUGAAUAUAACGUGACCGUAAUUCAUUACUAAGAGGACAUUCUCUUGGACUGUGCAAAAUUCACAUGGUUUUGUAGCACUUGAUUAGAAUAAAUGUAUGAGAAAUUUAGUAAAUUUCAUCAUACUUUAAAAUAAAUCAACUUAAAA